AUGACGAGUGUUGGGAGCCUAUCUAAGCUGGGAUUGCGAUCUCUAGCCCGAAAUUUAAAACUUUGCUCAACUUCAACUUAUUCUACUCGAAGACCUGAAUUGAACUUCGACUUUUUAUUAGAUGAAUCGAAUACCGAUAUGAUACGACUGAACAUCCAAUCCCGAAAGGGGGUCGGUGAUAUCGAUGGUUUGCUGAAAAAAUGGAAAGAAAUGGAGGAGCUGAUUAACACUAAAGAUAAACCAAAAAUAACUGAGCUGGAGCUCCGAAAAAUGUGGGAUGAAAUUUAUGAUUUAGCCUCGGAUAUUCCCAAUAUGUCAAUAGAAGACGUUCCCGUUGGGGAUGAAACAAAUGCUAAAAUUCUAUGUGAAUGGGGUGAAAAAAGAACUGGGAAUUUGUUGACAGCAGAAAAGCUCGUUCAAGGUUGGAGAGCCUUGAUUCAUCCUGUUGAUGCUUGUGGUGAACGCAGCUACGUCUUUCUCGGAGCGUUAGCUAAUUUGGAAAGAGCUCUCUUGAAAUCAACUUUCGAACGGUUGACCGCGUUAGGCUUUAAACCUGUAACGGUUCCUGAUUUGGUAUCCCUCGAUAUUACAGAAGCUUGUGGUGUUUUAUCUAGAAAAUCUAACAAAAAUAUUCAAUAUACGUUGAAAGAUGAGCCGAACGUUGCGUUGUCAGGUACAGCAGAAAUGGGGAUUGCCAGCCUUCUGAAGAAUCAAAUAUUGGAUGCCUCCCAUCUUCCACUCAGACUAGUUUCUAUGAGCAGAUGUUUUCGGCCAGAAAUCAGUCAUUCGGCUAGCGAAGCGAAACUUUAUCGAGUUCACGAGUUCAAUAAAGUAGAAAUGUUUACCAUUUGCACACCUGAGCAAAGUGAGAGCGAGAUGGAAUAUUUGGUUCAAAUCCAAAAAGGAAUUUUCGAGUCUUUAGGACUUCAUUGCCGGCAGUUACUGAUGCCGUCUGAAGAGCUAGGGGCUCCAGCAGCUCGUAAAAUAGAUAUAGAAGCCUGGAUGCCUGGGCGCCAGAGAUAUGGAGAAGUUUCUUCUGCCAGCAAUUGCAAAGAUUUUCAAGCCCGAAGAUUAGGUAUAAAGUAUAGAACGAGUGAUGGCAAAACUGAUUUCGUUCAUACUUUCAAUGGGACAGGAAUUGCUUCAACACGAGCAGUCGUUUCCAUUUUGGAAACUUUUCAAACGGUAUAUAUGAGUUGUGGUUUCAACAUCAAUUCACUUUUGUGUUAA